ACCACCGGCAACUGAGCUGGAGAAUUUCAGCUGUCAGAGAACAAUUGCGGGAUAUGUUUUCAAAAUAAGUGUGGAAAUUACGCAUCUCAGCCUGAGGAUCCAGAACAGGGAGAAGAGAAGCGCGAACGAGUCCUCUAGUCAAUCAUGCCUCUGAUGAGUUCACACGGCGCCUCUGCCGCCCUUGCCGCCUCUUUGAGCGUGCUGCUCUUCGCAACGCUCCAAAUGUUCAAGUCGUCGAUAGUCGAGUCACGGCCGAUGACGAUCAUGGGUGGACUCGCGAGUUCAUGGCUCUUCGUUCUGCUGUUGACGACGGUAUCCAAUGCGGAGAUGUCUCUCUUCGGAAGUUCUUUUCAAUGCAAGAUAUUCCCUGAAGUCGCGUUCUGCUUCAUCGUGGCGGUGAUGCUGGCCGCACAGGUCCAUGGGGUCUGCGCAACAACUUGCGCUCCUUUCUCCCUCCUGGCGCUCUAUUAUCUCACAAACAUCUCGGCGAAGACCUAUCCAGGCAACCUCGUGGGCGACGGCCGAGAAAAAGCAACUCGGCAUGCGAAGAAGAAGAAUGCGGACAAGGCUCCCUAAUGUCUGACCCGGAGCUCGCAGAUUACCAAUGAAGCUCAGCUCCGCUCUCGGGAUCGAAGAUCGGAUCUUCUGAUCCUACAGCACACGGUGUCUACGAGCACCCACCUCGGGAGUCGAACGUCACGCUCGCGUAAGGGAGGGAUCUCCAUCGACGUUUCCUCAUUGAUGUCCACGCGGGCGACAAUGAUCACUUUACUAGGUGUUUGUAAAUACAUAUUCGUUUGUCGAAUCAAAACUGAAAGCCCUGAAGUUUUCGAAGCUCAGGCGCACGAUCUCAGACUCUCGGGAGGAAUGGAAUAAAUAUUUGAACG